UCGUGUUUAAAAGCCUCUCAGCCCCCCACAUGCUCACUGUGUUCCAGGCCAGGGGCCAGCAGCCAAAGCACCGGUCAGCAGCAGCACAGGAGGAAAAUCAGACAGUGAGACGCAGCACGCGGGACGAGAACUGGAGCAGAACUGACCAUAGCAUGGAUCUCACCAAGAGCCUGUGGCUGCUGUGGCUGCCCUGCAUGCUGGCUGGGCUGAGUGGACUGAGUUAUGACUACAGCGACUAUUCAGAUUCCUACUACAAUGACAUCUCAGAGGCAGGAAAGCAGGAAGCGGUGACCUCCAGUCCAUGUGAGGGUCGUGAGCAGUCCCGCUGGCAUAAGCUCUUCACCAUGCUGGAAGAUUCCCACAUGAGGCAGAACAUGAUGCUGGAAGCUGGUGAGGAGAUGAUGAGAAACCUCAGAGAAGAGAUCCAGAGCAGGUCCAGCAGCGGCUCCAUGCUGGAGGAGUCCUGCAGCUCUUUAGGUCAGCAGCUGGACCUCAGGCUGGACGCAGUGGUGGACGAAGCAAAGCAGACGGCUGAUAGGCUGCAGGCUCAAUGUGGCUCCGCCCUCCAGCAGCUGGAGAACUUCACAGGGCUGCAGGCCUCCCGUCUGGAGAAGCUGGAGAACGGCUACCUGGGCCUGGUGAUGAUGAAGAGCCAGCAGGACUCCGGAGUGGACAGAGGAAAGCUGGAGCGGGCGCUGAUGGCCACAGCUGCGGAUCUACAGAGAGUUCACGCACAGCUCGCUCUGCUGCAGCGGGCCGCCGCCCACCGUUACCUGCCCUCAGGCUGUGAGAUGGCUCUGUUGUUCCCGAUGCGCUCUAAGCACAGUUUUGCGGAGGUCACUCUGCCUUCAUCCCUCUCUCUGACUGCUCUGUCAGUCUGUCUGUGGGUGAGAGUGACCGAGGCGCUGGACAGAACCAUGCUGUUCUCCUACAGCAGCAGGUGGAACCCUCAGGAGCUGCAGCUUCUGCUGAACAGGGACGUGCUGAUCUUUACAGUGGGCGGCGAGGUGGGUGCGGUCCAGGCGGCCGGCAUGGGAUCAGAGGGUCAGUGGAGACAUUACUGCGGGCUAUGGAGUUCAGAAGGGGGCGUGGCCUCACUCUGGGUGGAUGGCCGACAGGUGUCGGGCUCCUCAGUGGUGGUGCAAGGCUACAAGCUGCCUGAGGGUGGCGCCGUCCUACUGGGUCAAGAGAAAAGCUCCUCAGGAAUGUACAGAGACAUGGACGCCGCAGUGGCCUUUACCGGGAAAAUGACCGCCGUCAACAUGUGGAGCCGCACGUUGGACCCGGAGCAGAUCCAACAACUGGCCAAUCAGGAUGGAGCCUGUGCGCAGAGGGGGGAUGUAAUUGGCUGGGGGGUUUCUGAGAUCCUUCCACAUGGGGGGGCGCAGUAUAUAAGCUGACUGUCCAAUAACCCUCUUUAAAGGGCUGAUGGUCCCUCACACCGUCGAAACAUAAACAUUGUUUCUAAACGUUCACAACAAACUGCUCUCUGUUUUUGUGAUGUCACAGAAAUGGAUACAUUCACUGAGAAUGAGGCAACCAAUCAGAACAGAGCUUAUUUGCAUAUAUCAGUUGCAAAGGCACAAUUACAGAAGAAGCAAGUUUAACUGUAAGACAUUAGAGUCGUUUAAAAAAUAAUUUAAAUGUUUUUAGGUUCAUAAACUCACACAAAUUGACAUUAAUGGAGAGGAAUGUGUCCCGAGUAAUGAAAUGAUGUUAUACAUUAUAUUUAUGUAGUUUUACUGCGUUUUACUGCUUUGUUUCUCUGCAGGUCAAAAGUGUUGGAGCAGUGGUAAAAACCCUUUUCCAGAGGAACAGACACCAAUUCUGUGUGAAACAGAGCGUUGUCCCGGAAACAGCGAGCAGCAUUGAGCACAGAACCCGCGAGACACAGCACUUUUGGAGCGGCGCUGAGCCCGAAUACCAAAUGAAGGGCUUAAAUAUUCUUCAUCUUCUACAUGAUGAUGUUCAUAUUUUCACUAAAGUGGCUCGAUAUUAAAAAAAGCCGCUCAUGA